UCAUCUGUGGAUGGAAUGCCUAUUUUUGCGCCGUUAUGUUACAAGACGCUGACUAAUAAGCGCAGCAUAUUCCUUCCGUCGAAAUAUUAUUAUAUUUUUAUUGGAAACAGUGGGACGCUCUACGUUUCGUUAGCAAGCAGUCAAAAAAUGGCGGACACAGAUCUUUUGGACUAUGAAGAUGAGGAGGAACAAGAACAGAACGCAGGGGAACCCCUGGCUGAAGUUAAGAAACCCACUGGUGGCUACGUGUCAAUCCACAGCUCCGGUUUUCGGGAUUUCUUGCUGAAGCCAGAGCUGCUACGAGCCAUAGUGGACUGCGGCUUUGAGCACCCUUCUGAAGUGCAACAUGAAUGCAUUCCUCAAGCUAUUCUGGGCAUGGACAUCCUGUGCCAGGCCAAGUCUGGCAUGGGCAAGACAGCUGUCUUUGUGUUGGCAACCUUGCAGCAGCUAGAUCCCAUUGAUGGGCAGGUCUCUGUCCUCGUUAUGUGCCACACACGUGAGCUGGCCUUCCAGAUAUCGAAGGAGUACGAGCGAUUCUCCAAGUACUUGCCCGCAGUACGGGUGGGGGUAUUCUUUGGGGGACUCAAUAUCAGUAACGACGAGAAGCUGCUGAAGAACAACUGCCCUCACGUUGUCGUGGGCACUCCCGGUCGUAUUCUGGCCCUGGUCCGUUCCAGAAAACUGCUGCUCAAGAACAUCAAGCACUUCAUCCUUGACGAGUGCGACAAGAUGCUCGAGCAGCUUGACAUGCGGAGAGAUGUACAGGAGAUAUUCCGCAGCACGCCCCACGAGAAACAGGUCAUGAUGUUCAGCGCUACGCUGAGCAAGGAGAUCCGGCCCGUCUGCCUCAAGUUUAUGCAAGACCCCAUGGAGGUCUACGUGGACGAUGAAGCAAAGCUGACGCUGCACGGAUUGCAGCAGUACUACGUGAAGCUGAAGGACAACGAGAAGAACCGCAAGCUCUUCGAGCUGCUCGACCUUCUCGAGUUCAACCAGGUCGUCAUCUUCGUCAAGUCCGUGCAGCGGUGCAUGGCCCUCGCCCAGCUGCUGGUGGAGCAGAACUUCCCUGCCAUCGCCAUCCACAGGGCCAUGACGCAGGAGGAGCGGCUGGCGCGCUACCAGCAGUUCAAGGACUUCCACAAGCGCAUCCUGGUGGCCACCAACUUGUUUGGACGCGGCAUGGACAUCGAGCGGGUCAACAUAGUCUUCAACUACGACAUGCCCGAGGACUCCGACACAUACUUACAUAGGGUAGCACGAGCGGGAAGGUUUGGUACCAAAGGUUUGGCCGUCACGUUUGUCUCCGACGAGACGGACGCAAAGAUCCUCAACGAGGUUCAAGACCGCUUCGACGUGAACAUCUCCGAGCUCCCGGAUGAAAUCGACAUCUCAUCUUACAUUGAGGGGCGCUAAUUCACUCACCAAGGUUCACCCUGGGAGCACUUUCCUGUACAUUAGCUCUUUGGCCGUGUGAAGUAAUCUGCCACUUGCGUCUGCACCCCAGGCAUACCUGUUUGUUGUCUUCGUCGUCAUCACUGUCAUCUUGAUCGUCACCUGAAUCAGUUCAUUAAAAAUGUCAUGCUAGUUCUGUGCAUCCUGCAAAAAACUUGUUCUACAUUGAUCACCUGUUUCAUGUAGCACUGGAAGGACAGUUUGAAUGUUUGCAUUCCUUUAAUCCAUUGUGAUGCCACAUAUGUUUAGGGCUUGCAAUACAAAAUGUAUGCGGUGCUCGCGGAAGUGACUGGUCUCAGAUUGAAAAUGAGUAGAAAUGUGUAAAUUCUUUUUGCCUUCACCGAAGAGUAAACCUGGUGUUCAUUUGCAACGGA